AAUUGGUAGAAACAUAUCUUACGUGAGGCAUUAUUUUAGCGAAAAGAGUAACUCGGUGAGUUUUACCAAACUCAUCAACCCACUCAGUUUUAGCGCCAACAGAACUAUAAAUAUCUGUUCGAACCCAUUUUGAAUUCUCUCUCUCAUUCCCACAAAACAAACACACACGCGCGCGCGAAAAUUCUCACAAUUCAACUUUCCAGAGCGGUAAGGAAAUGUCAGCAUCAAAAUCGAGCGCAAGGAAGAGAGUUUCGGAGCCGGAAAUUCCGAAAUCGGAGAGCAAAAGGCGAGUCGGCGCCGUCGAGGAAGAAUUCGAUGCUGAGAUCUCAGAUGAUAUCAAAGGGAUUAUGACGGCGUUAAAGCAGAUUAGAGAGAAAGCACAACAGGACGGUCUGAAGAAGAAAGAAGAAACUAUCUCUAGCGUGACUUCAGAAGUCAAGUCAAAGAUUGAUGAGCUGAAACUAAAACUUGAGAAAGACAGGCAAAAUUUUGCCAAGACACUGUCCAAGAGCUCCAAAGAGUGUGAGAACUUACUUAAGACUGAAACAGCUAAGUUUCAAUCAAUUUAUGAGAAUUUCAACAAGGAGAAAGCUACACAUCUGCAGUCUCUCAAAGAUACUAUAUCCAAAUAUGAGGAAGAAAAAGAAAGACUAUUCAUGCGAUAUGAGCAGCUAAGAAAGAAAGAGAAGAGCAUGAUAUCUGAACUUGAGCAAGACUCUAAGAAACGAAUUACUGAACUAGAGGAGUCGCUGAAGAAAAAGAAGCAGGAUGAUAAAGCAUUCAGCUUUCUGAGAAAAACUCUAGGUUCAUUUCUGGAUAAUGCCUCAGAUGAGGACUUCCCACCUGAUGAUUGAAAGUCGCGCAGAUGUAUCUGCAGCUGACAUUGCUUCUAUCUCCUGAUGAUUGAGAGUCCCACAGACGGUCCAUGGAAUACCACCACUAGCAAUUAAUUGGAACAUCUUAUAGUUGAUAUAAAAAAGACCAGAAGCUCUUCUAUAGUCAAGCUUAUAUGGUUAAACUGUUCCAUUGAUCAAUAGUUUUUCUUAGUAGUUGCAUUGGAUUGCACAUUCAAUAUUGCUGUUUAAUCCUAGCAGGACAGACUAAUGUUGAGUCCAAAGCCCGGAUUGAGAUGUAUUAACUGGUAUAGGUGUUCUAAUUCUCCCGCUGCUCAACCAA